GAGUGAUACUAUAUUACCAAAAUUGAAUGGAGUACGUUGGAACACUGAAAUAAAAAUUGAUUCAAAUUCAUUGUAUCCAUUUGAGUUAGUUCGGGAAUUGGGGUUAUGGGUAGAUGCUGACUCUGGUGCUGAGCUGAGCUGAGAGUUGUAGUCAGAAGACGAGGUGGUGUCUUCUAUCUCCUAUCUCCUAUCUCCUAUCUCCUAUCUCCUAAUUAGAAGCAGCAUCAGGCAAUUUCCAACAUGCCUUCCCUUCAGACUGCCCUGCCUCCUGAGCUCGCCAACAAUGCCAUUAGGCUUUACCGUGAAUGCCUGCGAAGAGCUAAAUAUAUUGGCCAUCGGAAACAUAACACGGAGCUUCUUGUUGAUAUGGUGAGACAACAGUUUAAGAAACACAAGCAUGAAACAGAUCCCGAGAAGAUUCAAAAGUUGAAGGAUGAUGCUGCAAGGGGCCUUAUCAAUCACAUACUGUAUGAGUCAGAGCAAAUGACAGGUUCUAAAUUUAGCAAGAGUAAACAGCCUAAUUUGCUUUAUCCCAAAUGAUUCAGUUUGUCCAUCAGUGAAGGUUUCGGAGACCAAGCAUGUAGAGAAAGCCUUCCAAGGGUUUUUUUUUCUGGUGACAAGCCUUCCAAGGGUUUUAUGAUUGUUAUUGGUUUUGUUAAAAUUUUAUUUAAAACAAUUGUGGAGAAUAGGGCAGUGGCUUUAUCGCUGUUGCUAUUUUUUCAUAUCAACAGUGCUUAAGUUUCUUAAAACCGUUUUGUAGUUUCUACCAAAUGAUUCUGUGUCUCAAUCAAUUCAAGAACCCUGCAUUUUCGUGGAUGAUUUUCUUGACGUUUAUACCAGUGUAGAA